UGAGAGUUGGACCUCUGGGACCCCAGCAACCCCCAGCGCCAGGUAGACCACAAGGACAAUUACCUAACAACAACAUGGUUCCUUCAGCACAACAGCACCAGCAGCCUGGAAUUGUGAACCCAGGUGGCUAUUCUGGAAAGAUGGUAUUACCUGGCACUCCUCCAGGCCAUUCCCAGCAAUUC